UAUACUCUUCUUUAAUCUAAUUAACCUUAUAUCAAAUUAUAGUUAAAUUAUUAUAAGACACUAACAAUUUUUUUGGCAGGCACAUAUGGGAGAGCAUCAACGGUCAGAGAAAAAUUUUCAAGUUUUACGACCCAGAGCUUCUCAUAGUGCACGGGAUCAACGAUGAAGAAAAGAGUCAGUCUUUUGACGAUGCGGCAAGACGAUUGGCUAAUUGGUUAUCAUUAAUGAACAACAACCACCAAAUGUUCUUUAUUCCUUGGAAUAUCGGGUAAACUUUAUUAAAUUCUUUAGUGCUAAUUGUUCAUUUCUAUAUUAUGUCUUCAAAUUAUUUUUAUACUAUCUUACUUAUAUUCCAAUAUAAUUUUUUAGGAUGCAUUGGACACUAGUGGUGGUUACGCCAAGGAAAAUUAUCCAUUUAAACCCUAUAAGUGGCCGCCCAAUUCCCGAAGUAAUAGAACAAAUGAUCGGAAGGGCAUUCAUGUAUAUAGGGAACGCACAUGACUAUCUUGGCCCGUGGCAAGGAAUUAACCAAGCAAACUGUCCAAGACAACCUAAAAGCCAAGAAUGCGGUUUUUAUGUUUUGAAAUAUAUCACUGACAUCGUCGCACGUGCCAACCCCAGCCGUUACAUACAAGAUCAAAAAGCUUUUGGGGGUAAGAAGCAAUACGAUCCAAAAACAGAAUUGUUACCACUACAGCGAAAGUGGAUCGAACAAUUGAUGGCGGUGAUUCACGGUGACGAUUGAGGUUGAAAGGUCGAAGAAUUUUUCUUCAUUAUGUAAUUUUUAUAGAUUAACUUGUAGUUAGAUUUAUUAACUUAUUAAUAUUUUUAACUAAUUUUACAUUAGUGUUUGUGUAAUAUUUAAUUACUUUUAUGAAAUUAAAUUAUGUAUUUUACCCAAAUUUAAAUAAUAUUUAAUUUACAUUUUAAAAAAUAAAUAUGUAAUUUAAAUUAAAUAAAAUAAUAUAUAAAUUAAUAAAUAUAUAAUUAAAAUGUAAUUAAAAUUAUAUAAUUAAAUUAAAAAAAAAUAAAAAAACUGAAAUUCGCGUACCUAUGGCG